CCCCCGCGCCCGGCCGGCCCCUCCGAAUUCACCCCCUUCACCCCCUUCACCGCCGUCAUCUCCUCCUCCUCCCGCCGCCCAGAUGCCAACGGCGGCGACACCGUCGCGUGCCCCAACUGCGGCGACGCCUUCUCCUCCGAGCACGCCGUCUCGGAGCACCUCGACGGCUGCCUCGCGUCGGCCGGCGGCGCCCGCGCCCGCGCGGCCGCGUACCUCGCCGGCAACCCACCCCCCGCGGCCGUCGAGGUCGUCAAGAAGCUUCUCGGCAACCUGCUCAAGGAGCCCGGCAACGACAAGUAUAGGAGGGUCAGGCUCGGUAACCCUAGGAUCAAGGAGGCCGUGGCGGACAGGGAGGGCGGGCUUGAGCUCCUCGAGGCGGUCGGGUUCACGAUCGGGGAUGAGAGCGGGGAG